UCGUCACUUGAUCAAAUCGCAUAUUAAAAUUAAAGAUUAUCUCUUGAAGUAGACGUAUAAAACAGGGUAAUUUGCGUUGAGGAUAAACAGUAGCGAAAAGAUGUUGAAACACACGGUAGUUUUCUUACUUCUCGGGCUUUUGGCCCAUUCUUACGUAUUACGCUUCGAUACUGAAGAGGGCGCACCGCCAGCUGAAGUAUUACCAAAUGGUGAAGAUGAAAUCAUUGACAUCAUUGAUGAUAUUGUUAAGGAUGAUGGAGCUCCACCAGCGGAAGUUCUGCCAAAUGGUGAAGACGAAAUUAUUGACAUAAUUGACGAUGAAGGUGCACCACCAGCUGAAGUUCUGCCAAAUGGUGAAGAUGAAAUCAUUGACAUCAUUGAUGAUGAAGGUGCACCACCAGCUGAAGUUUUACCAAAUGGUGAAGAUGAAAUUAUUGAUAUCAUUGAUGAUAUUGUUAAGGAUGAUGGUGCGCCACCAGCGGAAGUUUUGCCAAAUGGUGAAGAUGAAAUUAUUGAUAUUAUUGAUGAUGAAGGUGCACCACCAGCGGAAGUUUUACCAAACGGUGAAGAUGAAAUCAUUGAUAUAAUUGAUGACAUUGUUAAGGAUGAUGGAGCUCCACCAGCAGAAGUUUUGCCAAAUGGUGAAGAUGAAAUUAUUGAUAUUAUUGAUGAUGAAGGUGCACCGCCAGCUGAAGUAUUACCAAAUGGUGAAGAUGAAAUCAUCGACAUCAUUGAUGAUAUUGUUAAGGAUGAUGGAGCUCCACCAGCGGAAGUUUUACCAAAUGGAGAAGAUGAAAUUAUUGAUAUUAUUGAUGAUGAAGGUGCACCACCAGCGGAAGUUUUGCCAAACGGUGAAGAUGAAAUCAUUGAUAUCAUUGAUGACAUUGUUAAGGAUGAUGGAGCUCCACCAGCGGAAGUUUUACCAAAUGGUGAAGACGAAAUUAUUGACAUAAUUGAUGAUGAAGGUGCCCCACCAGCGGAAGUUUUGCCAAAUGGUGAAGAUGAAAUCAUUGACAUAAUUGAUGAUGAAGGUGCACCACCAGCGGAAGUUUUACCAAACGGUGAAGAUGAAAUUAUUGACAUCAUUGAUGAUGUUGUGAAAGAUGACGGAGCUCCCCCAGCGGAAGUUUUGCCAAACGGUGAAGACGAAAUAAUAGAAAUAAUUCCAUAA